CUCUGCUCGUCAGCAAGCACGCUGAUUGGCUGAGGCCUAGCAAAGAGUGCGCGGGGAUCCAAAACUGCAGGCCGCACUUAGCUUACCGUCAAAAAUAAAACCUAAACAAUAAUAGACAAAACGGAGGAGGGUGAGAAAACACCGAAAGAGUCGGGAGACGACGUUAUCAGGCGGAUCAAUUGCAUUGAUGGGAGGACACAUCUAAUAUCCUGUUUUUAUUUUAACGUUCUGGGCAGCAAAUGUGAAGGUAUUUUUUUUUUCCCCUCAUGAAAUUUUUCAGGCUGUGUUAUUUUCCCUGAAUUAAACAUGGACCAAGGAGGUGGUGUGUUGGAGUUACAUACACAGGAGCUGAAGAUGCCCCAUGCUAUGAUCAUGCAAGACUUUGUUGCAGGAAUGGGUGGUUUGGCACACAUUGACGGGGACCACAUUGUGGUGUCUGUGCCAGAGGGCAUGCUUCUUUCUGACGUGAUGACGGAUGAGGGCAUUCUCCUGGAGCAUGGGCUUGAGGUGGAGGGCCUAACUCAGGUAGUCGAAGACCUUGAAACUGAAGUGGUUGAAAGUCUACACGCGGACGUCGAGGGUUUGGAGGCUGAGGUGGUAGAUGGGCUACAGACGCAAGUAGUGGAGCUGGAGGCUCAGGUUGUGGAAGGCCUCGACGGUGAAGUGGAGGUGGAGGGUCUCGAAGCGCAGGUGGUCGAGGGUCUGGAAACUGAUGUCGAUGUGGAGGACUUGGAAGCUCAUGUUGUUGAAGGCCUUGAGGAAGAAGUGGAAGUGGAAGGCCUUGAAGCAGAGGUGGUCCAGGGUCUUGAGGUGGACGUAGAAAGUCUGCAGUCCCAGGAUGUAGACGGUCAUGAAAUAUGCAACGAAGACAUGGUACAUUCAGAACACAGUGUGAUCAUGCCGGAAAACAUCUUGGGGACAGAGGUCGCAAUCGAAGCUACUCUUGAACACCACCACGUGCUUACCUCGGAUCUUAUCCAGGAUGCCAACCACCAUGACGACAUGUCUGACCAGGUGUUUGUAGCAGAGCUUCUGUCUGAUCACCCGGACAACACUCUAGACCACCAACUUGUAGCAGAGGGACUGAUGGUGACAAAAGCGGGUGCCGAGACUAUAAUCCACCAACAACUUCCAUCUGAGGCAGUUCCUCUGCAGAUGGAUGAGGAUGAUGAUGGACGAAGCAGCUCUGAAGAUUACCUCAUGAUCUCUUUGGAUGAGGUGGGAGAGAAACUGGACAUAGGAGACACCCCCCUGGAGAUUAGCACUGAGGUAAUGGAAGACAAGGAGUGCAAGGAUGAGGAUGGUGCUGAAGUCAUCAAAGUCUACAUUUUUAAAGCAGAAGCAGAUGAUGAUUUAGGUGGGACAGAAGUGAUAACUGAGGAUGAUUACCAAAAUGGCCACCCAGACCUUGAAGCUGCUUCAUCAGGAAGACUUGGAGUUGGCCGUGACAAGAUGGUCUACAUGGCAGUGAAAAAGCAUGUCAAAGUAGAAGAGGACGAUGAGGAUGAAAGUGAAGAGGACGAUGAUGAUGAUAUUAGUGGUACAAUAGAUCAGGUGAAGACUGAAGCAGGAACACAAUUUCUACAAAUUCGAGAAGGUUUGCCUGCCAACCGUGUUCUCAAACCAAAAGCAAAGAAAAAGAAGAAAGGGGAGACUCGCCAGUGUCAGACCGGUAUGAGAACUGUCAUCAUUGGGCCUGAUGGCAUGCCUUUGACCGUCUACCCAUGCCACAUAUGUGGAAAGAAGUUUCGCUCAAGAGGCUUUCUCAAAUGCCACAUGAAAAACCACCCGGACCACCUCCUCAAGAAGAAGUACCAGUGUACAGAUUGUGACUUCACCACCAACAAAAAGAUCAGUUUCCACAACCAUUUGGAGAGUCACAAGCUGCUGAGCCACAACAGUGAGCGCUCUCCAGAAUACACAGAGUACGCUCGGCGUUACCAUGAGUCCAGCCCCCUGGGCUCUGACAAGCUCAUUGUCAAGGACCGAGAACCCAAAUUGCACCACUGCAAGUACUGCGAAUAUGAGACUGCUGAGCAAGGCUUGCUCAAUCGUCACCUGCUCGCGGUGCACAGUAAGAACUUUGCACAUGUGUGUGUCGAGUGUGCCAAAGGCUUCCGCCACCCAUCCGAGCUGAAGAAACACAUGCGGACCCACACGGGCGAGAAGCCCUAUCACUGUCCGCACUGCGAGUUCCGCUGUGCAGAUCAGUCCAACUUAAAGACUCACAUCAAGAGCAAGCAUGGAGCAGAUCUGCCCUUCAAGUGCAGCCACUGUCCCCAAGCCUACGCCGACGCACGGGAACUCCAACGUCACAUAGAGAUGGUGCAAGGCCACAAGACACAUCAGUGCCCACACUGUGAGCACAAGAGCACUAACUCAAGUGACCUUAAACGACACAUCAUCUCGGUUCACACCAAGGACUUUCCUCACCAGUGUGACGUGUGUGAGAAAGGCUUUCACAGGCCCUCGGAGCUGAAGAAACACGCCGAGACGCACAAGGGUAGUAAGGUGCACCAGUGCCGGCACUGCAACUUCAAUGCUCCUGACACGUUCACCCUGAGUCGCCAUAUUCUAUCCUUGCAUACCAAGGAACUUCCAUUUAAGUGCAAGAGGUGCCGACGAGGAUUCCGACAACCCGCAGAGCUAAAGAAACACAUGAAGACGCACAGUGGUAGAAAGGUUUAUCAGUGCCAGUAUUGUGAGUACAACAGUACAGACGCUUCUGGCUUCAAGCGCCAUGUUAUCUCCAUUCACACCAAGGACUACCCACACCGCUGCGACUACUGCACCAAGGGCUUUAGGAGGCCUUCCGAGAAAAGCCAGCACAUAGCCCGGCAUCACAAAGACAUGUUGAUGUAACGUCACCCCUCCUAAUUAAGCUCACUCCUUUUCCCCCAGUAAAUCUGUGUCACACACUCGGAGGUAAUAUUAGUGUAAUAAACGUUAAAUGGUGUAGGCUGUUGAAGGCAACGACAUUAUGUUUGCCGUUCCGUGUUGUAUUGGGUGUAAGAAACUCCUCCUGAUACCAGAACACAUUUUAGUUGUAAGUCAAAUCUUAAAAAAAAGAGUGUGUGCACUGAGUGGGACAUGUGUAAAUUGUUUUUUGUUGUUGCAGAAAAUCACAUAACAUAUAUUCAGGGUUUCAAAUGUCUAUAUUUUUAUACCCAUUCAGCUGAAAUGCUGCAAGAGGCUUAUUGUGUCCUAAAAAAUGAAUGGAAAGGGUGGUUCAUGAACAUCAUUGUUAUUCAGAAGAUGAGAAAGUUAUCCUCCAUAGUACCGACCAGUAUCUUUAUAACCAGCUUUUUACCCCAACAUUUGUUUGACUGCCAUCUGUAUUUGCUUGUACCAUUACGGAGCUCCCGAAAGGCUUUUGAGUGAUGUUGACAUACAUUACGCACCUUAUGAGCAUAUCUAGCUGUUUUAUUUCCACAAAUCUGCUUUUGAAUGCUUAAACGUUUCUCAAAUUGAUCAUGUAUAAAAGAACCAUAAUCUGUUAUAUUUGUAUUAAAGUUAAUUCAGGGUUACUGGACUGAUCAGAUGAGUCGAGAUGAUCAUAAAAUAUUUUGUUGUCUUGUCAAAUUCUAAAUAUUGAGAUGGUGCUACAAAAUGAAACAGGUUUUUUAAAAAAAUAUUAUGAAUGGUUGGCUUCAUUAACAACUUUGGUGGUUAUAUCGAACUGUUGUAAACUGCAUUGUGUAUGAUGUUACCUUUGACACUGAUGUGCUCAGUUAACUAUUUGAUUGCUACCAUGCCUUACGUCUGCUAGUCUUUCUCCCUUAAGCACUGAUGAACACAGCCAAUCUGAAAAUAAGUGAUGUUUUUUUUUUUUUUAAACUCAAACAUACUGUAUCAAUCCCAUUCUCCCAGAGAUUGUGUUUGAGUCAGUAGAAGGCACUUUAAUAACAUGUAUUUUGUUGUAUUUUAAUGACAUGUAUGGGGUAUAUAAAUAUAUGUAUAUAUUUAAGAUAUAUACAUAUAAUAUAAACCCUAGCUAAUGAUCACAAAGCCUUGUGAGUGGGUAAAUGUUAUCUAUAGCAAAUGGGCACAAUACAAUUGUUGUCAAAAAUGGUGGGUAAAACCAUUUAUCGUUCUGUUCCAUGACAAAGUGUAUGAGUUUUGUGUUUUGGUUUGUGCUCACUAACAAAGUCUCCCAAAUCCUAGUCCUACAGUCCUAUAUGUAAACCCAGCCCAAUCCCAAAUCUGGGAUUAUUCUCUAGUGGGUGAUCAUCCUCAUAGCAUUAGUCUAUUAAGUAUUCACAUAUGCUGUUUCCAUGAAAUUGUGAUAUAUAUUAAAAUCCCUGCUUUUCAUGUACCUUAGUCUAUAUUUUUCUCUCAGUCUGAUUGUGGAUAAACUACUGGUGGGCAAAAAACCAAAAUAAACUCAUCUUUUUA